UGAGACCGUAUGGUGAGCUAGGACAGUACCAAAUUUCACUUGAUGCAGUCACAUAUACUUACUCUCUAUACUAAUUUCAGUUAGAGCUCCUUUAGAAAUAGUGACACUUUCGAUACAGGCCUUUACAGUUCUUAAACUUUCAAAAGAAAAUAAAAAUUGAAACCGAUAACGUAGAAAAAUGUCAACAUGUCGGGCAUAGCCCUUCUUCACUGCCACAGAAGAUAUGCUUUUGUGAGUUUUCACGGGAUGACACUGACAUUUUUCCACGUUAUCAGUUUUCAAUUUUUAUUUCCUUUUGAAAGUUUAUACCCAUGUAAGUGUCUCACGCAUCAACUGUGGAUAACUUUUUUGCUUCGUUUUUUUUUUUUCAGCCUACACAUUUUUACAGUUCUUGACGAUCGUUUUUUUUCCCGCGCCUGCGGGACUUCUUGCGAAUGAACCCGCCACUAGCGUCACGUGACAACAUCCCAUGAUACUAUUCUCGGUGUUAUGGCUGCAGAAGAGUCUUCAAAAGUGACGUUGCUGUGAAAAGCCGGGCUGAAUCUACGGUUAUUUCCCUAAUAUUGCAACCCUUUGUUGUCAAAACAAACGUUCUUUUCCUUUUUAAAAGGCAGCAUUUAGAUAUAGGACAAUCCAGGGACGAGAUUCGGGGCCAUGGCGGCGAAUAUGUACCUGGAACAUUACCUUGAUAGUAUUGAGAACCUUCCAUUUGAACUUCAAAGGAACUUUACUCUUAUGAGAGAACUUGACCAGAGAACUCAAGAUCUGUCAAAGGAAAUAAACACAAUGUCAGAAGAGUAUAUGGCUAAUGUGCGGAGUAUGGAUGCUGCUAAUAGGACAUCGCACUUGAAGAAGAUUGAAAAUGCUUUUGUUAAGAGUCGUGAAUAUGGGGAUGAUAAAGUUCAGCUUGCCAUGCAAACAUAUGAAAUGGUUGAUAAGCACAUACGGAAAUUGGAUGCUGACUUGGCCAGAUUUGAAUCAGACCUCAAAGAACAACAUGCUAAAGAAGCUGGUUUUUCAGAUUACGAAAGUGAAUCACCAACACCAAAGCGCAGGAGCAAGUCAAGUGGAAGAAGUAAAGGAGGUGGAAGAAGAAAGCAAAAAGAUGCUGAGGAGUCAGCAAGAAAAAAGAAAAAAGUCGAGUCUGAAGGUCCCAAAUCACUUGCUAUUGCUGUUUCUCUUCUGGCACCUGAGGUUCAAGUGCUUGAUAUGCCAGUUGAUCCCAAUGAACCAACAUACUGCUUGUGUCAUCAGGUAUCAUAUGGUGAAAUGAUUGGCUGUGAUAACACAGAGUGUCCUAUUGAAUGGUUUCACUUCCCAUGUGUUGGACUGACAUCAAAGCCAAAGGGAAAAUGGUACUGUCCAAAAUGUGCUCAAGAAAGAAAGAAAAAGUAAUUCAAUAUGACAGACACUUUGUACAUGUUACAUGUAGAAGUGGACAGUACAAGACCGCUGUACAUCUUGCAUUCCCAACACAAAAACACAAACUCUGUUUGUGUAUGGCACGCAAUGGGUGAACCUUUAUCAGAUUGUUAAUAAUCCGGAGAAUCGUUCUAUUUACACCUGAGACUUAAGUCAACGAUCAUUCAUUGUGCCAGAGGCUUAUAACUCCGGAUUGAAAUGAAUUAUGUAUACAUGUAUAUUCUUCUUAAAUAGGACAUCCAAAGGUGAACCAACCGUUCAAUUCCUGUCCGUUACUCUUUUACCUGUUUUAAGAGCAUUUUAUCGCUGCGAGAACUCUCUAAUCCAGCAUGCAGAUAUUACCCUAUUUUUAUAGAGCGUUUGUAAUAUUGACAUUUGUUAAAUCCGUUUAGCUUUCAGUAUAACCAACUCAUCAAAAAAUGCCUGCUAUGAAUAUUAACACUAAUCGUUAACUGUAGAGAUUAAAUGUAGCUCGCCAAAUGCGUCAAUUUAGAUGUAAUUUGAAUAGAAAUGAAAGCGACUCAGGACGAGACUGGUACGAAUAAACGCGAUGUAAUGUACGAAAGAAACUGGCAGAGAUACUUAAUUUGAAUAUGGCACAAAACGUUUCUGCGUUUGUUUUCAAUGAAGUCCGUUUAGAUUUACUUCAUCGAAGUGGAGUUAAUGUCGUGAGAAAGAUUGUUGGGUUAAACUAUUGUCUUUAAUUUAGUUCCCUAAAUUUUUUUUUGUUUGAAGAAAAUUUUAAAUCCUUACGCAAUGUAGUGAUUGUCAACCUAGUUAUGUAAUAUAGUGAUCAGUAAUACGCUAGCGGUAAUGUACUUUUUUAACACUAGGUUGAUGAAUUGGAAGUUUGCUGGUUAGAGGAACCUUGUUUCCAUCAUGUAAUAACUACUCGCUCUUUAUAACGCAGCAGUGACAUCGCUUUUUAAUGUAUAAAAUUGUCCUCUUCCCAACAGUGGAGGGCUCUGUAAAUAGUUAUUGACUAAAAUGAAUAAAACUACUGACUCAAAACCUGAUUUGUGUUCAUGUAACUCAGCAGUAACUGAAGUAAUUCGAACCUACAUUGCAAAAAAGUUCGAACGAUUUAAAUUUCGAACAAAAAAGGGUCCGAAGAUAAAACAGUCCGAAAUUUUUAAGCGUCGUAAAUAUUUUCAGUGUAGUAGAAAACUUUUUAGGUACGUACUUUGUUGGGUGAUGCCAUCACAUGUAUUCAAGACCAAUCACCAUGAUAGAUAUUGAACCCAGAUUAGGCUUUACUCGCUCUCUUUUAUCACAGGAAAGGAAACUUUUUGUGCUUUUAUGAAGAACAUAAUGAGGAUAAAUUCCACUUGCAAUGCAUGAUUAUAUAAGCCCGGUUUCAAGAUUAUUGUAUUACCAGUGGUGCUAGUCGUUUCCGCCUCAUCGUCAAUCAUCACAAUGGAAAAGUCCUCUUUAGUAUCUCUAAUCUCCUUUGUAGAGUAAAAUGUAGUUGAGAACUGACUGAUUAACAUACGCAAUGGCUUGAUAGGAUUUGUUAUUUUCUUGUCGGCUGGGGUAUCGAUAAAACCUUGAGGGUACAGUAAAACUCAUUUGUUUCAGUCUAAUUCGGCGAAAAUUAAAUCUGUAAUAAUCUGUAAUUUAGGCGAA